CGGAGGGAUCGUAUAAUGCUGGAGCGGAGAGGGGAGGGUUUUCCAGCUGGCUGGCCAGCUCCAGUGGCAAUGUGCAACAAGGCGGCGGUCUGUCGCAGAUGGGAACGGGGAUGAUGGGCCGUUUCUCAUCACAAGCAGCCCAGAAUAGACCAGCGGGGCAACAUCCUUUUCAUGAGAAUCGUUUCGGCUAUUCGUCGGACGGCCAGGCGGGCGUCUAUACAGGCGUCGCGCCACCGUAUCAUUCUUCCGGACAGUCGACACCUGGGGUAAACACCAUGAACAAUGCUAGUGGCGCUCCGCAGGAAUCUGUGAUCUCUGCUUCUCAGGGCUUCGCUGCCAAACUUUCUGGUAACGAACCAGGAUCUCCUUUUAUGCCCACCCUUUUCCAGGGACAGCAGCAGCCGCAGGCGGUUCAGUCCACCACUCCCUCAAAUCUUCCACCUUCCUCGCAGGCGGAGACAGAUGCCUCAGAAUCCAUGCCUGGAGUCACCGGCAGCACCUCUCCCAGCCAGCCAGAGUGGCGGGUCGGACCAAAGCCCCAUGUGCCUAUAGAAACGAAGCCUGCGACCACCCUGUCUACAGCAGGUUAUACUAUGGGAACGGGAGCAGGAAUACAAAGCCAGCAGCAGCAGCAGCAGAGACCGACCACUCAAGGUUACAGCUCACAAGUUCCGUUCCAGGGUCUCCAAAGUCAACCACCUCUUCCCCAACCAUGGGGAGUGGACGCCGCUUCUUCAGCCCAGACUCACUCGCCAGGUCCUCAUCAUGGCACCCCUGAUGCUGGAACCCAAGACCUUCCCAGUGCGCUGCCAAGCUCACAGCAAGGAUUCAACGUCCAGCAUACGAUGAUGAAGCCAGGCGGGGUUCAAGAACAGAGCCCUGUAAAUACCUAUGUUCAGGGCUCUUACUCGCAGCCCUCGCCACCACCUUCAUCGCAAGGCAUGUAUGCGACUCAUCCUCAGUACCAGGCCUUUAGUCCCUCUCAACUGAAAAGCGAAGGGGUCUAUACGGGUAGCAAUCCCCUUCCAGCCACGACAACCACAGCAACAACGGGAUCAUACGGAAUACCCUCGAGCAUCCACCCCAGCCACGCAAGCCUAGCGAGUCAAGCCUGGGGAAUUUCUCAACAGAUCGGCGGUGCAUUCUCUCACAAUUCUGGAUCCAUGGGAGGCUAUGCAAAUAAUUCCGGCACCUACCCACAGAUGGCGAACAGUCAAAUGGAUGCGUUUACUGGUAACAACACGCACCCGGGCGCCUUGCAGCAUUAUCAGCCAUACCACCCGGGACCUCAUUCUGGUGGCCCAGCUCUAGGGAAUUAUAAUCAAUGGGGCCAGUCCACGGCACCUGCGCCACCACGCGCUGCAAUGUCUGAUCCUCAGUUUGUCAGUGGUCCUUGGGCAUCAGUGACUCCUCCAGGAGGUGGUGGGAUGCGGCCGCCCCCGCAUUAUUCUGGAGCUUACGGUUAUGGAGGCAGAUGAACUAUCGUAUCUGGAUGAAAUUUUCAGUCAAUAAUGUGCAUGGGGAUAUCUAUGAUACCUGCUCCUCACUUCCUCUCAGCAGCCUUUUCUGUCUCUUAAUUUUGGGGUAAUCUCAAUAUUUAAUGAUUUUAAUUUUCUGUGUCUAUAUUUCUAGGAAUCCAUAAAUAGAAUGC